CAUACAUUGUCAAGUAUCAAAGGACUAUGAAAGUCAAAAAAUAUGACCAAAAUGGUUUCAUGACUCAUUAAAAUUUCACGUUUACCAAUUGCGUCGAAGACUAGAUCACCAUAUACGGUGAUGCAAAAACAUUCAAAAAAAUGAAACAUGAAAUUAUAGGAAAACAACGAAGAUAUCUAUUAGAUGGCUUAUGGAUAGUCAUCACAAUUUCUCUUAUUUAGUUUUUGAUUAUCAAUUUAUUAAAAAAAGUCACCUUGCAUUAGAAUUUAUUAAGAAACAACUUUAGCUAGAUCACCUUUAAUUAAUUUACACUAGUCGAUGAUGCUCUGUUCAUCCCACGCGUAUCUAACUCUCACCGUGAACAAAAGAAAGGAUAUCUUCUACUUCCAAUAUAUUAUUGUAACAAGCACCAUUAAAUUUUUUAAAAAUGCUUCCACACCUAGUCAAGCUACUAUCUUCCAUGUCAACUAGUACCCAUUUCUCACGUCAUAUAACGUGUUAUAAAUUAAUCUCUCCUACUAUGAAGUAAGAUGAGAUAAAGAUUAAGAAAAAUAAACCAUUUUAGCAACCUUAUCAAUUUGUGUAAAUGGGAAAGAGUGGUGUUGUGACUAGUUCCCUCUCGCUUCUCCUUUUCUUCCUUCAAACCCUAAAAUAUGUUCAUGCCGGUUCCAUCUGCUACGGCGACUUUUUUAAUGUUAACUACGGCGUCAGUCGAAACUAUCUCUUCUCUUCUCUUCCUUCUAACGUCGUUGAUAACGGCGGUUUCUACAACGCAUCGUUUGGCAGAGAUUCCAAAAACAACAGAGUCCACGUUGUUGCCUUAUGCAGACGAGGCUACGAGGAGCAAGCUUGUAAGACAUGUCUCGAACAUGUGAUUGAAGACACAAAAGCCAAGUGUCCUCGCCAAAAAGAGUCAUUCUCGUGGGUCACUGAUGAAUUCGACGACGUUUCUUGCUCUCUACGUUACACCAACCACUCAACUCUUGGCAAACUCGAGCUCUUACCAAGUACUAUUAACCCUAAUCCAAACAGUAUAGAUUCCAAAUUCAACAACAUGACCAUGUUCAGCCAAGAAUGGAUUGCAAUGGUUAACCGGACGCUCGAGGCUGCUUCUACCGUUGAGACUUCCUCAGUUCUUAAGUACUAUAGUGCCACAAGAACAGAGUUCACACAAAUUUCAGAUGUUUAUGCGUUGAUGCAAUGCGUGCCUGAUUUAUCGCCAGGCAACUGCAAGAGAUGUCUUAGAGAGUGUGUGAAUGACUUUCAGAAGCAGUAUUGGGGAAGACAAGGAGGUGGGAUUAGCCGGCCUAGCUGUUAUUUCCGGUGGGAUCUUUAUCCUUUCUAUAGAGCUUUUGAAAAUGUUACGAGAGUUCCUGCUCCUCCUCCACAAGCUUCUUCGACUAUUCUCGAUUACGGGAGAGACAAGCAAAGUUUUCAAGGAAGCAACAUAGCAAUUAUUGUGGUGCCUACAGUCAUCAAUCUCUUCAUAUUUGUGGUUCUAAUAUUUUCUUGGAAGAGAAGAAAGCCAUCACACACCGGAAUCAAUGAGGCUCUUGAUGGUCAAUCUAUGUUACGUUUUGAUCUUCGAAUGAUUCUAACUGCAACCAAUAACUUCUCUCUAGAAAAUAAGCUUGGCCAAGGUGGAUUUGGAUCUGUCUACAAGGUAAAGAAACUAGGAAUAUUACCGAGCGGACAAGAGAUAGCGGUAAAGAGAUUAACAAAAGGUUCAGGGCAAGGAGGUAUGGAGUUCAAGAACGAGGUCUUACUCUUGACAAGACUCCAACAUAGGAAUCUGGUUAAGCUUCUUGGGUUUUGUAAUGAAAAAGAUGAAGAAAUUCUUGUCUACGAAUUCGUCCCUAAUUCAAGCCUCGACCACUUCAUAUUCGGUGAGCCUUCGCGAGAUCCGUGCUUCUUUGUUACAAUACUUUUAGCAAAGAAGAAAAAAAAAACUGUUUGUUUGAGAUUUGCAGAUGAAGAAAAACGCCGGCUUCUGACAUGGGAUGUGAGGUACAGAAUCAUAGAAGGAGUUGCAAGAGGGCUUCUUUAUCUCCAUGAAGAUUCUCAGUUGAGGAUUAUUCACAGAGAUUUGAAGGCAAGCAAUAUCCUUUUAGACGCGGAGAUGAACCCUAAGGUUGCAGACUUUGGGAUGGCAAGGCUGUUCGAUAUGGACGAGACUCGAGGACAGACAAGCAGAGUGGUUGGAACAUAUGGAUAUAUGGCUCCAGAAUACGCGACAUAUGGACAAUUCUCAGCUAAAUCUGAUGUUUAUAGCUUUGGUGUCAUGCUUCUAGAGAUGAUAAGUGGUAAAAGCAAUAAAAAUUUGGAAAAAGAAGAAGAGGAAGAAGAAGAGCUUCCAGCUUUUGUGUGGAAGAGGUGGCUUGAAGGAAGAUUUGCAGAGAUCAUUGAUCCUUUGGCUGUUCUGAGUAACAAUAUCUCAAUGAACCAAGUAAUGAAGCUCAUCCACAUAGGUUUGUUGUGUAUUCAAGAAAAUGUUUCCAAAAGACCUAGCAUUAAUUCAAUCCUCUUUUGGCUUGAAAGACACGCUACUACCACAAUGCCUGUGCCCACGCCUGUUGCUUAUCUUACGCGACCAUCACCAUCGCAAUCAUCAUCACUGUGCCGCUAAUGAACCAUCAUGCCUGUACGUUUUAUAUCUCUUUGUGACUUUGUCUCUCUCUGUACAAUCAAUGAGAUAUGUAAAGAGAUGCCGUGUAAUGUAAGCAAACUUAUGUUUGAUUCGCGCUAAACUUAUUUAUAUAAACUGAAUAUUUGAUUCUCGCUAAAA